AUGGAAGAUAAGGGCAUUGAAAGGACUACUGAGAGCCUGGUUGAGCGUAAAAGAUUACCACGAGAUGAGUUUUGGGGCUAUUCGACUUGGAUGCUCUUCUCACAGCGAUUUACCUUUUUAGUUUUCGCAAUAUGGAUUAUAAUUGCUGUGUGUUUAUUUCGCAUAACCAUUUAUAUCCAAAGUGGGAUCCUCUCGUUUUUGCUUAUCAUGUUUGAUCUUCUCUUUGCCUUCUUUGCCGUCGCUUUUCUGUUUUCUACGUUAGCUGAUCACGGAAGUGAAUUUGUUAUGACAUUCAACAAUAGGUUGCAUUUUCUCAAUGAGGUUAUUAAAAACCGUCCUGGUCUUGCUGUGGACAAGUGGGACGUGGUUGCGGCUAACAUGAACGAAAAGCUAAUCUCAAAGAGCUCAUAUUCCAACUUCGGCUACUUUUUCGAUGGCAAUAUGUGCCACAAAGAGUUCAAGUGCUUAUUUAUGCGGGAUUCUGAAGCGUCCAAGUACCCAGAACUCAAAAAAUACAUUGAUGAUGCUCUAAGGGUCUAUAAAGCAGACGUUGAUACAUUUCUGCCGGACAACAUCCAAGAUGCUCUUGACCGUCAAUUUGAAGGUCGGGUAAAUUAG